GCCGCAACCGUUUCCUCAAGGUGAGUGCUUUCGAGGCUGCCCGUAGAAUUAUUCGAGGCGUGGGCACUACUUUUUGAGGCCAGUGAUAUGACCGUGUGGGCUCGCAUUGUCUAUAUAACAGAGACGGGCUCGCCGGGACUCUCAAGUACCACAUGACACCGUCGGGCCGUUCUAUCAAUAUGAACAGAAGAGAGCAAUACUACUGAUUUAUACGGUGCUAUCUUGAACGCCUUUCUCUUAAAAUCGGAAAUCAGGCUCUAACUCACCAAAGACAAUGGUAGGUUAUGGCAACAGACCACGAACACGACCUUGUCGGAGGUCCCUUUGCGGUAAUAGAGUCGGAUCCGGGAGUCUUUACUACGCUGAUCCGCAAGUUAGGUGUCCAGGGACUGGCCGUAACCGAGCUCUACAGCGUCGAGCCAUUCGCCACAGACCAUCUCAACCCGUACGGCCUGAUCUUCUGCUACCUCUGUGAAGAGGACACGAGUGCGAAGCCCGAGUUUACCGCAGAGGACGACCUCGACGACCCGGACGCACGUUCGAUAUGGUUCGCGAACCAGCUCAGCGAUGACGCGUGUUCCUCUCAGGCCAUCCUGAACGUGCUGCUCAACUGCCAAGGAGUCGACCUCGGGCCCGUGCUCAAGGAGUUCGCAUCCGAUACUGAGAAGAUGUCGCCAGUCAUGAGAGGGCUCGCCAUCUCCAACUCGUCUCACAUUCGCGAAGCACAGAAUUCGCUUGCACGCCCCUCCGACCUCCGGGGUGCGUGGCACUCGCUCGCCACCACCGCCCUCGAGUCCGCGAAAACCAAAGCCAAAGCAACAGCCUCACCCCCAGCCAAAAAGCGCAAAACCUCCACUGCCUCCUCUCGCCCGCGCCGCAGCAAGUCCGCCCGCACCCCCGCCCAAGAAAAAGUCGAGUCGUACCACUACAUCGGCUACGUCCCCGCACACGGGCGCGUCUGGGAGCUCGACGGGCUCCGCGCCGCCGGGCCCCUCGACGUCGGCCCCAUCCACUCCCACUCGGACAUCCCUUCAGAACAAGAAGAGUCGGCGUCGGACUCUGCGGGCGCGAGACGCGCGGGGUGGAUGGACGUGGUGCGGCCCGCGCUGCAGCGGCGCAUGCAUGCAGUGAUGGGAGACGCGAGCGAGGGCCACAUCCAGUACAACCUCCUCGCGAUCGUGGACGACGCGUACCUGCGCGCGAGCGACGCGCUCGAGCUGCUCAAGCGGGAGCGCGUGGCGCUCGAGAGGAGACUGGCGGAGCGGUUCCCGAGUGGUUGGGAGGACAAGGUGCUCCUUGCUGCUGUCCUGCGGGUCGCGUUCCUCUGCUCUCUCUCAUCCAUGUUCAUGAUGCCUCUCUGUCAGGUUGACGGUACGCUGCUCGCGUGCGCGUCCGAGACGUUCGCCACCACCCUCCGGCCGCGGGCAUCCGAGCCGGGGAGGGUGUUCGCCGCGGACUUUGGCGCGCGGAAGAUGGCGCGGGAGAUGGCGAUCUUGGACAUGCCCGAGCGCGCCCUAGUGCCCGCAUGGGAGACGUGUGUGCGCAGCGCGCUCGAGGCCAAGGUUGCCGUCGAGGAGGAGAUCGCGAAGGCGCAGAGCGCGCAGGCGGACCACGUCAAGCGGACGUUCGACUACGAGCCGUUCAUCAGGGAGUUCAUCACGGCGCUGCAAAACGAAGGCUUGCUUGAUGAAGUGUUAGAUGGCCGCAGCGCGCAAGCUGGGAACGCGGAGGCGGAGGCGACGGGGGUAGCGGGCGCAUCGGCAUCAUCGUCGUCGAUGUCGAAGGCGAAGGCGAAGGCGAGACGGAAGCGCGGGUAGACGUCUGCAUCGUGUCUAUGCUAGGGCUCAAACGUUCAUGCAUGGAUGGUUGCUCCGCUCUUCGUCUGUGUACCCUAGUUCCGAGGACCCAACUUAAAGCUGGUGCCGCC